CGUGCUCCCGAUUAGGAGAAAUUUCGAAUUUAAUGACCAAGAAUUUUGAUUUGGCUUUUAUGGUCCGUCGAGUUUGUGAGGUGAUUAAGUAGUAAACAGCUGGAAGAAAAUUUUAGUUAUUUUAAAUUUUUACAAUUAAAUUGUAAUAAAUUUAAUUUUAAAUUAAUUUUAAUAUAAUUUAAUUAAUAUAAUUAUGAACGUGUUCCCAGUUGGGUCGCCCUUGUUUUGGAUGAUUCGCUACCGCAAGGGAGAAGUCUUAGGGGGCAGCAUCAUAGCGUAUAUGUGUCGAUUUUGAUUCGGCUUUGACAGGUAUUUUCGCGAUAAAUUAAGGUGUUGACAUAUAGAUGCUGGUUUUCUUUGGCUAUAGACGGAGUGAUUCCCUGCCAUAUAUCACAGCACUUGAGGGUGAAAAUCAAGUUUCUCCGCUUACAUGAUAAAGAUUCAAGCCUGCAGUUCGUUAGUUUCCAAUUUGUUAGUCAGUCAGCCAAUGAGCUGGCUCACCAUGCAGCUAAAGAAACUCAUGAAUGUUCUGUGCAUGAACUUGUUUGCUUCGAGGAUCUUCUAUCGCAUUUUGCAUCUGUAUCUAGGUCGGUCUGAUGCGAAGCAUCUCUCUUUUGCUAAAAAAAAAAAGUGUUAAAAGCUAAAGGUUGUGUGCAUCAAGGGGUUGUAGUUCAUAAUAUGCUUCGCACGCAAUGCGAGAGGAACGGCGUUUAUUCCCGCUGCUCCAUUGAUUUUUGAGUUUUUGACUCAUUGGUCAUUGCCUAAAAUAAAAGACAAAUGGUCCCACACUUAGCCUGUCCUACGAGCCUCUCGUUCCUAAUCUCUUCAUCCUAUCACCCCUUCCUCCUUAAAAAACCACCAAAAAGAUAACAACACAGGCCUCACCAUUCACAUUAACUUCUGAGCCCCAAAAAAUAAUAAAAAUGUCUCUGAACCUUGGCUCCCCUUGGCUCUCUCGCUUCUCUCACCUCCCUAAACUCCCCGAACCCUCUCCAAAAUCUAAUUGCGUUCUCUUCUCUCUCUUGCUAGCCACUCCCGCUGGCUUCAAAAACUCAAUUUUUUCCUCUUCCAGAGCCUUCAAAGCAAGAGCUUCACUGAGCGAGGACAACUCCGUUCCCGACCUUCUGCUGUCAAACAACGAGGAUUUACUUGCUCGUGUCUCUGCUGCUAAAGACGCCAAUGAAGCUUUGCAGAUAAUCGCCGAAAUUUCUAACACAAGUAGAGGCGUCGUUAGUGUUUCCGAUUGCUGCCGCAUUAUAAUCGACGCGAUUGAUCGUAACAAUGCUGGGCUUGCCUUGUCUGUUUUCUACGCCAUGCGUUCCAGCUUCGAUCAAGGUGUUAGUGAGAAUGGCCUUCUGGUUGAGAGAUGGCAGUGGUCGAGGCCAGAUGUGAAUGUUUACACUACAUUGGUUCAGGGUCUUGCUUCAUCUUUGAAGGUUUCAGAUGCACUUAAGACGAUUGAUUAUAUUUGCCGAGUGGGAGUAUCUCCUGCUGAAGAGGUUCCUUUUGGGAAGGUUGUGAGAUGUCCAACUUGUAUGGUAGCUGUUGCUGUCGCACAACCUCAGCAAGGCAUUCAGAUUGCAUCUUGUGCCAAGUGCCGUUACCAGUAUGAGCUUGUUUCUGGGGAUAUAAUUACUAUAAACUCAGAAGAAAUCAGCAAGGAACUUCCAGCAUGGGAAAGAGGGCUACGAUUUUUGCAGCUAAUGAAGCGAAGCAUUCCUGCAGCUGUUCAUUCCAUUGUGAUACAAACUCCUUCUGGGAUGGCUCGUACGCACAGAUUUGCUACUGAAACAGUUGAUCUUCCAGCACAAGAAGGAGAAAGAGUAACCAUUGCUUCUGCUCCAUCAAAUGUUUAUAGAAAUGUGGGCCCCUUUAAAUUUAGUCCAAAGGUCCCCAACACUUACCCUGGUGAACCUUUGUGCCUAACAAACCAUGAAAAUGGUCGAGAGACACCUUUAUUAAGAGCCCCUAUAGAAGAUGGAAAGUUAUCUUUGCUUGACCCAACUGUCCUCAUUCCACUGCUUGCUGUUCUGGCUACUGGAGAUGCUGCAUCUGGAAUUAUUGAUCCCAGCCUGCCUCAAUUCCUUUCAGUUGCUGCCAUUGCAUCUCUUGGUGUUGGAGCUACGUUAAAUACAUUGGUUUUCCCCCAAUUGAAUCAGCUUCCUCAGAGAUCAGUGGAUGUAGUUGCUAUCAAGCAGCAGCUGUUAUCUCAAUAUGAUGUGCUUCAGUCUCGCAUCAAGGACCUAAAAGAAGCUGCCGAAAAAGAGGUUUGGAUGUUGGCUCGGAUGUCUCAGCUGGAGAACAAAAUUUUUGCUGUUGGGGAACCUUCUUAUCGGUACAACCCUAUUGACAUUACUAGUGUCGUUGCUCGGAGAACUAGGGUCAAAAGGGUCCGAGAAGGCUUAGAAAGUUCUCUCAAGGGACGGAUAGAACUCAUUGACAGCUAUGCAAGAAUUUCUUCAAUGAUUGAAAUUGAAGUGGAGAUGGACUCUGAUGUUCUUGCUGCUGAAUCAGUGAGCAAUGCAGACAGCAUUGCUGAACAGAUAGAACAACUAAUGGAGCUGGAAAAUCUUGAAGAGAAAUGGAGACUACAAGCAGAAGCAAAUGAUGAGGCGGAGAGACUUCUCAGUUCACAAUCCAUACCUACGGAGCGGGUUUAGACUCGUUUCUGAUUCUCAUCGAACUAACCAUAUUUCAAUCUCUGAAUCUGGGGAUGUAUCCAUUAUGUUGGAUUCCGUGCUUCUGCUCCAGAAAUCUCUUGUUGGCUGAUCUCAGAUGAAAGCUGGCAACAAUUCCUGUUGCAUGAAUGUUCUACUCAAGAAUUAAAUCUUUGCAUAUCUGGAAUGGAGUGUUGGAAAGUAGGAGUUUCGAAGUGCCACAGCUUAAGAUUUUUCCAGCAACUCAUUUGAGUAGAUUAACUAGGCUUGAGGUGUAAGGUGAGCUAUGUGUAUAGGUUAAUUUCACUUUCUCUCUCUCUUAGAAUCGUGAAAUUGAUCUCCUCCUCUGCAAAGUGUUGUGAGGCAGAAAUAUUUGUACAAAUGGGAGCACUACUAUAUCUCUGCAGGUUAUUGUACAUAAGAAAUUCUGAUUAUUACUGCAGAAAGAAGUGAGAAUCAUGCUGCGUUGGCUUAAGCAAGUUUGGACUACUUAGCGAGGACUUGCAAAACAGAACAUCCUCAAAACCGUGCGCAACUCUCUUGUUACUGUUCAAUAUUUUUUUCUUUUUUUCCACCUUUUGGUGGCAUGCAUAUGUUUGGUCUAUCCAAUUCUUUUAUCCUAGUAGACACGCAAGUGAAUUCCUUCA